AUGGUUGAUAUUGGAGAAAAAAUAUCUUCAUUUAAACAAAAGCUCGCACUUUGGCGCGAAAAACUGUCACAAGGAAAAAUUGCCACAUUUCCUCUUUUAAGUGAAGUUCUUGAAGAUUCAACAAAAGUUACAUUAGAUGACUUAAAAUUACUGCUUCAAGAAUACUUGGACAAAUUACAGUUAGAACUCAAUCGAUGUAUACCAGAAAAUGUUGAGCUCAGUAAAUAUAGUCGGGUGAGAAAUCCAUUUGAAGUUUCCGUUCACGAAGUUGGCGAAGAUAUUUGCGGGUUCCAAGAAGAACUUAUUGAUCUUCAGGCUAAUCAAGUUUUAAAAGAAAAUUUUUCUCAAAAGUGCCUAACUCAAUUUUGGGCACAGCUAAAAGAUAAACCUAUUUUAACAAGAGAAUCUGAAAAAGAAUUUCUACCUUUCCCAACCACGUACCUAUGUGAAGCCGGAUUUUCUGCUCUAGUUGUUAUUAAAUAA